AUGGAGGAGGUAUCUCCAAAGAUGUUUAUUCUUCCUGGCCCUCCGCUGGCCUACCUACACUGGCCUACCUACACUGGCCUACCUACACUGGCUGAUCUGCGCUUCGCUCCGGGAGUGCUCUGGAGGCUGGGACGCUCCGGGUGCAUUCAGAUAGCCCUGCGGGGGCUUUUGAUAGCUUUUAGUAGUUCAAAAGAAUGCUACCUUAUAUCUACUCUUAGCCUUCCUACCUGGUCCCUCGAACUUUGUUUUCUACUUCAGAUAAAGGAAGUUUCAAAACUUGGGCGUCUAAGGCAGUUUGGCCCUGCUUUUCAAUAG